GAUGUUUGAUAUUCCUAUUACUGUUAAUGUACUAGACAGUUCUCUUCCAGUAGCAUGGCUUUCAGACAGUGAGAUGGUUCUGGAACUACCCUUAGAAAAAUACAACUCUAGUUCCAGCAAUCCAAUUAUUAUCAACAAUGAAGCCACAGGCUAUUAUCGAGUUAAUUAUGACGACAACAACUGGUUCAAAAUAGCGGCAGCAGUAAUGGAUAAUAUUGAUUUGAUUCGUCCGUUCAACAGGGUUCAGAUCAUUUGUGAUCUUGUAGCUUUGGAGGGAAGUGGUCAUGUGAGCUCUGAUCUUCAUGAUGAUAUAACAGGAAACUGGGAGGACGAUGAUCAAGUCGUGAUUUGGGCAACUGAACAGUGUGGAACUAAUUAUAAGAAUAGUAAACCUCUUCGCAGAAUAUAAUUGGGGGGAAAUAUUCCCACAACCUCUAACUUUGGAGGUUUUAAAAUAAUUUCUCCUGAAACGCUUAAUUUUGUAU